AUGGACAGUGCCAGCGGGGCCGCCCCGGGCACCUGGGACGCAGCCGGCUUCUGGCAGGUGUGGCAGCUCCUGGACCCUGAAGAAAGAGGUUACCUAGAAGAAAAGGAGCUGGAUGCUUUCUUUCAACAGAUGUUGACAAAAUUGGGUACCGAUGAGGCGGUCAUUCACGAAAACGUGCGGAAGGCGAAACAGCAGCUUAUGGCCGCCCACGGCGUCCCUGGGGGUGGUCGCAUCCGGAUGGAACAGCUGGCCAGCGCGCUCUUGCCCGAGGAUGAAAACUUCCUUCUGCUCUUCCGCUGGGAGAGCCCCUUGGACAGCAGUGUGGAGUUCAUGCAGGUCUGGCGCAGAUACGACGCAGACAGCAGCGGCUUCAUUUUGGCGGCCGAGCUCCGGAACUUCCUCCGAGACCUGUUCCUCCACCAGAAGAGGGGCGUCCCCGAGGCUAAGCUGGAGGAAUACGCGGGCGCCCUGAUGAAGAUCUUUGACAAAAACAAAGAUGGUCAGCUGGAUCUCAAUGACCUGGCCAGGAUUCUGGCUCUUCAGGAAAACUUUCUUCUCCAGUUUAAAAUGGAUGCUUGUUCCACUGAAGAGAGAAGGAGGGACUUUGAGAAAAUCUUUGCUCACUAUGACGUGAGUAAAACUGGAGUCCUCGAAGGCGCCGAGGUGGACGGGUUUGUGAAAGACAUGAUGGAGCUUGUCCAGCCCAGCGUCCGUGGGGCCGACCUCGACAAGUUCCGGGAGAUUCUUUUACGUCACUGCGACGUGAACCAGGAUGGGAAGAUCCAGAAAUCUGAGCUGGCUUUGUGUCUCGGGCUGAAAAUCAGCCCGUAG